AUGGUUGCUGUGCUGGUCAUCGCCGGGGGCGAGGCGAAAGGAGGAGCAGGAGCAGGAGCAGGAGCAGGAGCAGGAGGAAGCGGCAGCCAAGGAGGAGGAUGGACGAGCCAUCGCCGCAGGUUUGCUCUCCCUCUUGCCAUGACCGAGCCUAUGCUACUCAACCAGGGGGAGAACUCCAAGAGCAAGAAGCUCGCAGCAUCAAUGAACGAUGAGAGGAUCGUCCUGCGAAAUGCGCACAGCCAGGAGCAAAUUAGCAUCGAGGACAAGUCACAUCCUCCAAAGGGUCCAGGGCGAGCCGUUCUCCCUGAUCGUGCCAUCGUGGCACUGUUUCCCGUUGGCACGCAGCUUGCUAACGGGCUGCGGCACCUGAGCACGUGCAGCAUUCUUGCGGAGAAGUCGGGCAGAGAGCUGCUUGUAGACCCGUCAAAGUCCAUCUGCGCAGCUUUCUUCGCGCGGUUCCUUCCGAGCUGCUUCAGGCAGGAAUCGGCCUACGACUUUCUGAGCCAAGAUGUUCGUACAAACUGGCAUCCCAUCGUAGAGGUAGAGCUUCACUUGGACAUGUUCUUUUCGAGUGAAGACACUCAGGGGAGCUGCAACAUUUCGAAGCUGGAAAGCAACAGGACGGCGAUUUCUUCCAUCUACGCUGUGAUAGCACAAUUGCCCUUGCAGACGGUUGAGGAGUCCCUGACAGUGCCAGUUCAGAUCAAGCCCCUGGGAAUGAGGGACAGUGAGUACAUCCGUGCGAAGAUAGAGUUCUACGGGUCCCUAUCCCCUCUUUGCUAUGCAGCCGAUCCUGACUUGCCCAUGGGCUACAUAGAGAACAUGCGGGCGACGCUCGAAGCAGAUGAUGAGAACAAGAAGAAAGCCGGGCUGAACACCCAGCUCAAAGACUUCUUGAAGAUCCUGGGCCAUACAGUGCAGAGGUACAAGAAGGACAACAAGGCCCUCUUCGAGAUGCUGCUGCUGGGGAGCUGCGACCUCAUCAUCGGGAGUACCUCCUCCACGUUCAGCUACGAAGCAGCGUUCAUCAACGGGGGAACGGACAUCAUGCUCUGCCAUGAAGGGGUAUGGCAGACUUGGCACAUCGGGAGUGUGUGA